UUAGUUGUCGUUCACUCACCGGUAGCUUUCUCGAAAACCAGGAUUCAUGAUGCUGGUGUGCCUGAACGCGAACGACAGAGUCGGCGUGCUGAAGUGCGUGAUGUUCGUGACCACGUUGCUGAUGCAGCUGUACGUCUACACCUACGCCGGCGACGCCCUGGAGUCCCAGACAGCUGAGAUCUCGUUCGGCGCCUACGACUCGACCUGGUACCGUUCCCGAGGGCACCGAGCCAGAGACCUGGCGUUGAUCAUCAGCCGCGGCAACUCGCCGUACUGUGUCACGGCCGGGAAAUUCGUGCCGAUGAACUUGCUCGCGUUCAAGGAGAUCCUGAAAGCCUCCGCCUCGUACAUGUCGGUCCUGAAGGUGAUGAUGGACGCGUGAUUCGCACCGGGGAACUCUGGCACGCGGACCGAAGGCGAUCCCGAAGGUACACGAGACUCGAAUGCCGGGGACAGUGUCCCUACCUUCCCUGUCCUCGAAACGAGAAGACUGCGUCACAUCGAUCACACA